AAGUUCCUCAGAGAACACCAACUUAUUUCAAAAUGAAAUUAGCUAUCGCUGUAUUAUUUCUCGUGGGAUUUGCCCAGGCACAUAUCAACUAUCAGGAUGUCCUAGAAAAGGAGUUCGACUCAUUUAAGCAGCUGUACAACAAAAUCUAUAAGGAUGUCAAAGAGCACGAACAGCGUAAGCAGAUCUUUAAGGACAACAAGGAGCUAAUCAAUAAACACAACAAAGGACAUGCCGCCGGAGAAAAGAGUUACAAGAUGGGCGUAAAUCAAUUUACGGAUUUGCAUUCAAAUGAAUUCAAAGAACUCAUGCUCUCUACUUUCAAUCCGAAUGACUUAAUAAAUGGAAUCGGUUAUAUUCACACAUCUUCUGCAAGUGUUAAGAAUCCGGAGAGUAUAGAUUGGCGUGAUAGUGGCGCUGUUACCGGAGUGAAGGAUCAGGGUCCCUGUGGCUCAUGUUGGGCUUUUUCCGCCGUUGGAUCCCUGGAGGGACAACAUUUCAUAAAAAACCAACAGCUAGUAUCCUUAUCCGAACAGAAUCUGGUGGACUGCUCCAAGAAGGAUGGCGGUUGCCAAGGUGGUUGGCCAGCUAACGCUCUUCAAUACAUUAAGGAUAAUGGUGGAGUGGAUACCGAGGACUCGUAUCCCUAUGAAGCUAAGGACGGAGACUGCAGGUUCAAUGGAGAGCACAUUGGUGCCACGGUCUCUGAUAUUGCAGGUGUGGCCAGCGGUGAUGAGUCGGCAUUGGCAACGGCCGUAGCCGAGAAGGGUCCCAUAUCGGUGGCCAUCGAUGCAUCCUUGUUUCAGCAUUACCAGGGCGGAGUAUUCGAUGAGCCAUCGUGUCAAGGAGGCGUUAACCAUGGUGUUGUCGUUGUUGGAUAUGGCCACGAUGACCAAGGCGGCGACUAUUGGCAGGUUAAGAACUCUUGGGGACAAUCUUGGGGUGAAAAUGGUUAUAUUCGCAUGGCUCGCAACAAGAAUAAUCAAUGCAAAAUUGCAAGCUUUGGAGUUUUUCCCGUGGUUUGAAGCAUUUUUCAAUUAACAUAUUAACAUACAUAUAUAAAAUAAUAUAAAUAUA